UGGAGACCCCUGGCGUAAAGGGAGGCCUCCUCCAUUUAUAUGGAGAAAAGGGGGUCCCUAAAGCCCAUCUAGUCGUGGCUUGCUUCCUUUGCCGCCCUUCCUUCUUCAACAGGUGCAUCCCUGCCAGGAGGGGCUCAGGGUCCCUGCACAAAGUUGGGGGGAAAGGGCGGGCAUCAUACCUGGAGCCCUGAAGGAUGAUGCCCAAGAGGAGCCUUUUAAGGGCUUCUUCUCCCCUCUUGGCAACUUUUAAGAGGGGUGGGCCUCCCCUUCAACGCCCAGAAUUCCCCAGCCAGGAUCUGCCUAUGCUGGCUGGGGUUAUUCUGGGAAUUGAGCCCACCCGCCCCUCGAGGGUGAAAAAAACGCUGCCCAAGAGGCAUUUUGGCUGGAUGGGAAGAAAAGAGGGAUCUUAUGAGAGCAGCCCCUGAGACCCUCCGUCGCUGCCCCUUUGGAGGCCAAUCGAGUGGAUGCCGCUGCCUCCGACGGUCCUUCUGAUCACUUUUUCCACAUUGGUUGCCUUUCAUCAGAGGGUUAAUAAUGGUACUCGGUGGUGAAAUCCCAUUUUUUUUCUACUACAGGUUCUGCGGGUGUGGCUUGGGAAGGAUAUUGCAAAAUCUCCAUUCCCACCCCACUCCAGGGGAAGGAUACUGCAAGAUCUCCAUUCCUCCCCACUCCAGGGGGAAGGAUAUUGCAAAAUCUCCAUUCACACCCCACUCUGGGGCCAGCCAGAGGUGGUAUUUGCCUGUUCUCUGAACUACUCAAAAUUUCCGCUACCGGUUCUCCAGAACCUGUCAGAACUGCUGGAUUUCACCCCUGAUGGUACUGUUUGUGUUUUGUUUCGUGCCAUUCUUGCCAAUACCACGAAGAGGCCAAGGGGAAAAUAAAGCUCCUGUUUCUGUACAAUCCGGCUGGUUUUUUUUAACUAGACUGGGCAGCCUGCCAGAACAACACAACCUGAUUAGCCAAACUCAUUCGUGCCCACCCGGUGAUGUUACAAGCUAAAGGUUAGAACUUCUGAAAAUACAUCCACUUUUUUUCUUUAUCCAAUUAGGUUUAAUACCAGCAAGAGAGGUCCUGCAGCAUCAUCCGAGACCUCCGGAUUGAAAUAUUUUCACUUAACCUAGGACGGCCUCUACAGAAGCAUCUUUUUGCCGUGAAGGAACAGCCAUGGAAGCUCUUUGCAGCUCCGAGGAGAUGCUGACCAAAGCAACUCAGCUGUGGACGAUGCUGGAUGACAUGGCCGAGAACAACCCUAAAAGUUACCGCCACUUCAUGCAGCAGCAACUAAAGGAAGCAAAGCAGCAUUACGCUCCGCCGGAGCCAUAUCUGUGCCUGAAGACCAGCAUUUUGAAACCGACCAAAACCUGCCUGUUCAUAAAUCUGUGCCGUUGGAGUAGGAUCCCAGCUCCCAAGUCACCCUCGGAGCCAGUUCUGUUGAGCGCUGGCAAAAUGGAGACGCUAUCAGAUAAUUCAGAGAUCUGCAGCAUUCUUGACAUGGCAUACAAUCCAUCCGUUCUUGAGCGAGUCGAGGAUAACUCCCUGGAGAAGGAUCAGUUGAUCCGCAUGUCACUCAAGUACGUCGAAGAGCAUUUCAACGUCACUUUGUCCCAUUCCUGGAGCAUGGCCAAAUUUAAAUUGAAAGGAAGCCUUGAAAGGAUGAGGGAGAGCCUGAGAAGAGAUCAGCCCCAAUUGGCUGUGCCCCAGAGGAACCCCAACAAAGGAGUGACACUCAGCCAACUGAGAAGCCUCACGGCCGAAGACAGCAGUGGCCUUUUUCUGCCAGUAGCAGAGAACCCUGAAGCUUCCAAAAAGCGUCUAAUUGAAGAGAUCUCCACCACAGACAAGCCAGAGGCGCCCCAGCCUGCCUACGAAAUGACCACCAAGAAGGAUGCAGAUGAGAAACCCUUAGAAAUCGAGCUGAAAAUUGAACUGCCAGAGGUUUGCGGUGUAUCAGAGUGCAAUUUGAGCGUCUCUAAGGUGAGGCAGCUACAAAUGGAGUAUUAUUCGCACCCUUCUCCCCAGCUUUUGCCCAGCCAGACCCAUGUGAAUCUCAGAUGCCUCCCUGCAUCUUCUUUUCAGGAUGAUGUCUUGGUCGAGUGCCUUGAAAAAUACAGGCUGCGGGUGGAUCUUCCAGCGCCUGUGGAUGAAGAAGCAACAUCAGCAACUUUUAAUAAGAAGAAAGGAAUCUUGCUUGUCAGAAUGCCCGUGUACAAGGGAAAAUGACGUUCGCUGAUGCGGUGUGGGAAUACCCCCACUCCUCGUGAUUCGCUUCCUCUCCUUUCCAGCACUUCCCAUUCAGCCUUUUGCACAGGUUAAUAUUAAGUGUUAUUGGUUACACGCCUGUAUUUUCUCUCUCUUUUGAGUUUUAAGGCUAAAAUUCUUGCUGCAAAAACCCAGGAUAAAAUGCACCCCUAAAUACACGCUUUAACAUUUGAGGACUGUUCUGAAGGCAUAGUUUCUACUGUAAAAGAUUAACAAAUAAAUGAACUCUGUAUCAUAUUUUCCCCCAUUAACAGAAACAAUAAAGGAAAAAAAAACUAGUUUUCCAUCAUUGCUGGAUUUAAAUUAUUUUUAAACAAUUCUGAGAACUUCCUGUAGUCUUAAGAGAUCAGCUUACAUUUUCUUGGAGAAGCAGUGGAAAAUACCGUAUGGGUGGAACACUUGAAUCCAAAGCCAACUUGUUCCUCUUAACUGCUUAUUCUUUUAAGCCUCCCGUGUUGUUUUGCCAUUUUAACAUAAAUACACCUUCAAAGAGUGCUUAAAGAAAUAAGUGGUAUCUGCAAGCGUGGACAAAACAUUCACAAUUACCUCUGCAACUGUAUGUUUGAAGUUGUGCUCAAAUAAAAAUGGGCAUACCUUUGGUUA